GGUUCCGUUCUUUUGGCUUUAGCCUAAAGAAAACGCUAGCCUCUGCGUCUACCACAUCCCCAUUCCUCAACUCGGUCGUAUCUUAGUUGAAGAAGAGUGCCACCGAGGACACCUCUGUUCUUUGCCUGGUUCUAUCCAAGCUGAUCGUCUCAUAUCUGAUUGGACUACGUUUGCUCUCUCUGGUGUGCAAGAAGGUUGAGCUCCUGAUUGGUGUAUAUCAACAAUUACAAAAUGCAGUUUUUUGAUGGAUAUGGAUAUCAUGGAACGUCAUUUGAGCAGACAUAUCGAUGUUACCCUGCUUCAUUUAUUGAAAAGCCCCAAAUUGAAAGUGGUGAUAAAAUUAUAAUGCCUCCCUCAGCCCUUGAUCGCCUUGCUUCCUUGCAUAUUGAUUAUCCAAUGUUGUUUGAGCUCCGUAAUGAUGCAGCUGAGCGGGUCUCUCACUGUGGGGUGCUGGAGUUUAUUGCAGAAGAAGGAAUGAUUUACAUGCCAUAUUGGAUGAUGGAGAACCUCCUCUUACAAGAGGGAGAUAUAGUGCGAGUGAAAAAUGUGACUCUUCCAAAGGGAACAUAUGUUAAAUUACAACCUCACACAAAGGACUUCUUGGAUAUAUCAAAUCCAAAAGCUAUCCUGGAAACAACAUUAAGGAAUUAUUCCUGCUUAACAACUGGAGACAGCAUCAUGGUGGCGUAUAACAACAAAAAGUAUUACAUUGAUAUUAUUGAAACAAGACCUUCAAAUGCAAUAAGUAUCAUUGAGACAGACUGCGAAGUAGAUUUUGCACCUCCUCUAGAUUACAAGGAACCUGAAAAACCUGCUGUGUCUAUUCCUAAAAACAAGGCAACUUCUCAAGUUGAAGAGGAUCCUGCCGAGACUGAACCAAAAUUCAGUCCUUUUACUGGAGUAGGGAGACGUUUGGAUGGGAAACCUUUGAAGCCCCAACCUGGACCAGUGCCUUUACAGGGGUCCAAAGACAAGGAACCAGCUGUUGCCAAUGGUAGGGGACAGCAUUCUGUGGGAUCUAGUUCAGAAAAUACUUCUCGACAGUCUCAAGGAAAACUUGUUUUUGGUUCGAAUGUCAGCCGUGCUUCCAAGGAAACACAGAAGGAAGCUGGAAAAGAGGUGAAACAAGAACAAAGUGAAAAGAAAGAAGAACCAAAGUUCCAGCCUUUCACUGGAAAAAAGUACUCAUUGAAGGGUUGAUUGUAUCGUCCAACUAUUUAUACAUUUGACUUGCUAUGCUUUGGCAUUCCUUGCUGGACCAGGUAGAAACACUAGAAAUUAUAUGUUUAUAUGGGAUGAUGUAUUAUUGAAGGAUGGAACUUUGGGUUCCAAAGCGAAGCAACCAGUAACAUACGCUUGUUUGACA